AUGACAGAUCGAUAUUUUGAUAAUUUCAUGUUAGAUUAUGUUCAUGAGGAAGCAGCGGUACAUGCAAAAGGAGCUGAAGAAGGAGAAGAAGGGAAAACAGAUGGAGAUAAUUCAUUGUUAAAUCUGCUUUCUUUACCAUAUGUCACUCUUUCUGAGAAACUCAAAACAAGAGCCUUGGAUCUCAAACAAACUAUAGUUGCGGAAACAUGGGAAUCUACAGGGAAAAACAUCGAAGACUUUUCACUCUAUACAGGCACUCUUGGAACGGCUUUCUUGCUUUUCAAGUCCUAUCAAGUUACUAACAAUAAAAGCGAUCUUGAUCUCUGUUCUGAGAUUAUUAAAGCUUGUGACUCUGCUUCUUUGGGUUCCAGGGAUGUCUCUUUUCUGUUGGGGCGUGUGGGAGUUUGUGCUCUUGGUGCUGUUGUGGCAAAGCACCGAAAUAAUGUGCAGAUGGUUGAUUACUAUCUGACUCAGUUUAGAGAGAUCAAGAUAAAUGAAGAUGUUCCGGAUGAAUUUUUACGUGGGAGAGCUGGUUACUUAUGGGCAUGUCUCUUUCUUAAUAAGAACUUAGGUGAUCAAACAAUCCCGUCAACACAAACCAAUGCAGUUGUGGACAAGAUUGUCAAACAUGGAAGAAAAUUGGGUGCCAAUACAAAUUGCCCUUUGAUGUUUGAAUAUGCUGGUGAGAGAUACUGGGGUGCUGCCCAUGGGUUGGCUGGGGUUAUGUAUGUUCUCAUGCAUUUUGAGCUUUCACCGGAUGUACUCAUGGAUGUGAAGAACACUCUUAAGUACAUGGUUAACAAUCGUUUCCCUAGUGGAAACUAUCCACGGGAUGAAGAAAAGAAAACUGAUGAACUUGUGUAUUGGUGUCAUGGAGCAUCCGGAGUUUGUCUUACACUAGUCAAAGCAGCCCAGGUUUAUGAAGAUAAAGAGUUUCUAGAAGCGGCACUUGAUGCAGCCAACGUAGUGUGGACUCGUGGGUUGCUGAAAAAGGUCGGCAUCUGUCAUGGUAUCAGUGGGAAUGCAUACGUUUUUCUAUCGCUUUAUAGAAUGACGGGUGAUGUGGAAUUUUUACACAAGGCAAAGGCAUUUGCUUGUUUUUUACUUGAUAGAGCCCACAAACUCAUAUCUGAUGGCCAAAUGCAUGGAGGCGACACUCCCUACUCUUUGUUUGAAGGAAUCGGAGGCAUGUGUUAUCUCUUUUUCGACAUGGCAGAUCCUACUAAUGCUAGGUUCCCAGCUUAUGAAAUAUGAAAAUGUAUGUGUAUCUACCAGCUAGGGACUUAUAACGGUGUAGUUUUAUGUGUUACUUUUGUAUAGCUGUUUUAUGUUAUCUGAAGUUUCAUAUAUGUAUAAUAUAAUGAUAAAUGAGAUGUAGCAGUUCCCUAGUAUAUAUAAAAUGUUAAUGAUAUAUAA